CUUCUAUUUGGGGAGAAUAUCCGUGUCGUGUCGUGUCGACACUGGUAUGGGUAUGAGUGUCGGGUGUGACAUUUCAACUUAAAAUGUCCAAGAUGUUAAUAAUAUUGACGAGUCGGACACUCGAAUCUCUGCACCCGAUACGACACCCGUAUCCGAGUCCAGGUAACAUAGGUCCGUCUAUUACAAAGUGCUGGAUUUUCUUCACCCCUGGCAGCAGUUCAAGGCCUUUUGGUCUUCUUCUUGACUUCUAGGCCUUUCUUUUAUUUAGGCUCCAACCUUUUUGGUUGGUUCUUGAAAACUGAAAAAUAACAGUUCCAAAAGGUCUCAGCCAAACUAGUACAUUCAUUGACUUUUAUUGCUCUCAUUUUCUCUCCCCUCGAAGGAAUUUAAAAGUGAUUUCCGGCCGUAAAAUUUCCCAAACUGAAUUCCUCAUCAUUGCUACCAAAAAAAAAAAAAAAAAAAACACAGCUGAACAUAGAGUUCAAAUCCAAAAUGAAUACUUCGGGAAAUAAACUGCUUCAUUUGGACAAAAGUGGGGCGAAGGGCAAACUGGGCAAAGUACGAGAAGCCAAGAAGAUAGGACAAUGAUUGAGGUAAUUAAUAAAAUUCGUUACUAUCUAUGAUUUGGCUAACUUUACUUCUCUUUUCAGUUUUCCCAGGCAAGUCAACAAAAACAUUUCCAACUAAAACAAUUCCAGGUAUUAGUCCGGUGCCGUCCGCCGGCGGUGAGUCAAGGAACUAUCGGAAGUUAGUCGCUUUUCCAAUGUCCAAAAACUCCACUAGAUUCUGUGUGGUGGAUGCCUUCACCGGAGAGGCCUUCAAGGGAAACCCGGCAGUUGUUUGUUUGUUGGAGGAUGUCAAAGAUGAUAGAUGGCUCCAAUCCGUCGCCACCGAGUUCAAUAUCCCCACUACUGCUUACCUCACCCCGAUUUCGGAGUCUUCUGAGUCAACUUCCCCGAGAUUUGCAAUCCGUUGGUUCACCCCUGUAGCUGAGGUUCAACUGUGUGGACAUGCAACUCUAGCAGCCUCUCACUUUCUGUUUAGUUAUGGUCUUGUAAAAUCCGAUAUCAUUGAGUUUUCGUCACAUUCGGGGGUUUUGACUGCCAAGAAAUUAUUGAAAUCCGUAACUUCGGGUGCUGUAAAUGACCUUAACAAUACUAGCAAUGGCCAUGGCGAUGACCAAGAUGACUACUUUAUUGAAUUAGAUUUUCCUGUAGUCCACAUUGCGGAGUGUCAUUCUGCGGAUGUCUCUCAAAUCUCCAAAAGUCUGAAUGGUGCUUCUAUAGUCGAGGUUCAGAAGACCACCACUGCAGAAGACCUCUUUGUAAGAUUUAUCAAUCAUGUACUUAUUGGUCAAUUCAUGGUUGAUAUUAAUUAUAAUGGUGAAAAUGUAAUUAAACAACUGGUUUUGGGAAGGUUGUGCUCCCAUCAGCCAAAGUAGUUGCAGAAAUACAACCAGAGUUUGAUGAGGUCAAAAGAUGCCCAGGCAGAGGGAUAAUUAUUACAGGACCAGCACCAUCUGAAUCAGGAUUUGACUUCUACAGUCGAUUCUUUUGCCCGAAAUUCGGGGUUAACGAGGUAAAUUUGAUGGACGAUUGUGUAUAUGUGUGGCUUAUUGAUAAUAGAAUCAAGCGUAUGUAGCUUGCUUUAAAUGCUCUGUGAAUUUUGAUAGAUUAAAUAUUGCCGUGAACUGUGAUAAUAAUGUAUGAGAAGUAAAAGUGCUUUUGCACUCAUUUGAGCAAACUGACCUUUAUCAUGUGGUGUUGUGGUAAUGGAAUAGAGAGUUCAUAAUCCCAUUUUCAGUGAUUUGUUUAUGUAAUUUCAGGAUCCUGUAUGCGGGAGUGCUCAUUGUGCCAUAGCACCCUAUUGGAGCAAGAAGCUUGGGAAAAUUGAUUUUGUUGCAUAUCAGGUAAUUGAUUUUCUGCUCUCUUCCCGGGACACAAAUACACAGAGAUCGUUGAUAUCUCUUCAGGUUUCAGCUUGAAUUUUUUAUUUUAAAAAAAAAAGUUGCAAUUUUGGGGAAGUUAUUAUAUAAAGAAGUUAGGAAUUACAAAUUAGUGAUCUAUUUACCAAUUAGGACUGCUUUUCUCUUAACUCAGGCAUCAGCCAGAGGUGGUGUAAUUGAUAUCCAUUUGGACACCAAUAAUCAAAGAGUAUUUCUACGUGGACAAGCAGUUAUUGUUUCAGAGGGCUCAAUUUUGGUUUGACUGUAUUACAAUAAGCAAAAAUAUCAUGUAACCAGUACAGAAAGUUGCCAUCUUCGAUUUGGAGAAUUUGGCUCAUGUCAAGAAACAACUUUGACUUGAACAUACUUCACUUUGGCUUAGAAUCAUACCAUAUUACCAUGUCAUUUAAGUUGUUGAUCAGAAUAUAAUCAAUUGUUUGCGAAUUUCCUUGAAUUCUUUAAUCAUUGAUCAUGAAGAGAGUAAAGUAAAAAAUAGUUUAUUCAUCAGUUGAACAAAAGCCAAACAAAGGACAAACACAUUUUCAUCAUAUUAAAUCAAUUGCUAGUGGUGAAAUUAAAAUUGGAACAGUUUGUGCUGCGGGACAGAAGAGAAUUGCUGAAUCCAAGCCUUUUGGAAACCAAGUCAAAUUGGAGCAGAUUAUCUUCGAUCUGAAGUCCUCCGAUCACGAUUGGCGUAUGCGGAUUCAACCCACCAUCCACAAACCCAAGACACCACCUACUUUCUCCGUACUUCACCAUCGAAUUCGCGCCGAAUAUACUCCACACAACAUUAUCCUCCAACAGGAGAUCAAUUGUCGGAACAGCCGGUCCCAGGCGCGUUGUGGGGGUCGUAUCUGUUCUAUAACACUGGUUGAAUGGUUUUCGCGGCGCUGCAUACGUUAGAUUGAGAGCAUCUGCCGCCUCCUUGAAUGCCGUCGUAAAAGUCUUGAAAAUGGAUGUCUCCAAGACUGUAUACGGUGUGGAGGUACUAAUCUUGGUCCCUCCGAAUCCGGUAGUUUGAUUGAUGGUGAGCAGUGUCUGAUUUAUCGGGAUUGGUUUCCCGUUGACUCUGAUCCCCGUCAAUCCGAUGAAGUACUCAUUCGACGGCCUAACGUAAGUUAUGAUGGUAGUGUCAAUCGGGUUCAAGAGGAGUGGAGUAUAAGAAAGUGAUUUUGAAAGGUCAAUUCCAGGUAAGAAUAAAUAUGGCCCGAAGGAAUUAUAGAUGGCGACACCAUUGGCUGAGGUUGUACUCGGCGCACAAAUUGCAAACACAAAAGGUGAAGAGAAUGCCCUGCUAACCUGACCCGGGAAAGAGAAGUUGAAUCUUCCCAGGGCAGCUACUCCGGUGACGAUUGAAGGCAGACCGCUGAGUAACUGGGUAUUAGUGCAACCAAACGCGAAGCUGGAAUCCAGAGCAAGGUUGCCCGGGUUCCUGCCAUUGGUCGUGGGUAAAGCAAGUGUGUCGGUAAGGAUUUCUCCGUCACCGACCUUGCGAGUCACAGAAUUUUCAGGGAACAAUUCGCAGGCAUCGUACGAACAAUCAGGGCCGGGUAUAUCUGAAGUACAGUUUCCGGUAACCCUGGUAUCGAGCUCAUCGCAAAGAGUGGCAUUAUACAAAACGUGCUGAUAAGUGGAUGAUUGGUAGCCAGUGCAGUCUAGCCAAUUGUAUUUGGCGCCGAGGUCUAAGAAUAAGUUUCUGAGUUGAAGAGGGGUUCCAAAGUAAGCUUGAAUGGAGUACAAUUUAGUUGAGUUGUCCUUGUGAAUGGGUGAAAACAAGGGUUGUUGUCCCUUUACAGAGGGAGCUGGGGAGAAACAGAACAGGAAGAUGAGGGAAAUGGUGUAAGUGGAUGAAAUAAAGCACUUUAUUGCCAUGUGGUUGCUUACUUAUGAGUGUGCAAUAUCAGGAAUAUUUAUCACGUUCACCAAUUUCUAGUUGCAUUCUAAGUUACGAAAUGAAUAAAAUAAGAUGAAGAACAAUGGGUAUCUGAGGAUUGUUUUACUGGGGUGGGUGCCGUUCUCGGAGAAAUGAUGAAUUGGGUAUCUUUCAAGAGUGGAAUUCACUGCAAAUUCAGCUCGCAUUCCACCUAUCUCUGUGUACAAGAACGCGGAAACCUCAAAACGUAUGGGAUCAGAAUGACACAAACUACGGAGAGAUUUGAUAGAGAUUUUUUUCCCUCGCAUUAGUUGACUUCAUGUUUCUAAGUGGAAAUAUUGGUCAAUGUGAAUUACUUGUGGCUUUCAUUAUCUGUAAAUUUAGAUUCCUUGUAGAAUUAUUUGAUUGGAACGUACUGUCUGCAUCACCAAUGGGGUCAAGUCUAUUCAUCAUGCGUAGUUGUAAGCUGGCUAUCACUUAGUUUAUUGCACUAUAAUAUAUUACAG